AUGGCUACCUCGCCCGCCGAGCCGAGCGCGGGGCCGGCGGCCGGCGGGGAGGCGGCGGCCGAGGAGGAGGAGGCGGAGGCGCGGCGGCUCCUGCGCACGCUGCAGGCGGCCGAGGGUGAGGCGGCCGCGGCCGGGGCCGGGGCCGGGGCGGGCGACGCGGCGGAGGGCGCGGGGUCCCCGGGCGCCGCGGGGUCGCCCCCCGAGGCCGCCGCCGCGCCGCCCGCGGGCCUGCGCUUCUCGCCGGAGCAGGUGGCCUGCGUGUGCGAGGCGCUGCUGCAGGCGGGCCACGCCGGCCGCCUGAGCCGCUUCCUGGGCGCGCUGCCCCCGGCCGAGCGCCUACGUGGCAGCGACCCGCUGCUGCGCGCCCGGGCGCUCGUGGCCUUCCAGCGCGGCGAGUACGCGGAGCUGUACCGGCUGCUCGAGAGCCGCCCGUUCCCCGCCGCGCACCACGCCUUCCUGCAGGACCUGUACCUGCGCGCGCGCUACCACGAGGCCGAGCGGGCCCGCGGCCGCGCGCUGGGCGCCGUGGACAAGUACCGGCUGCGCAAGAAGUUCCCGCUGCCCAAGACCAUCUGGGACGGCGAGGAGACCGUGUACUGCUUCAAGGAGCGCUCGCGCGCCGCGCUCAAGGCCUGCUACCGCGGCAACCGCUACCCGACGCCCGACGAGAAGCGCCGCCUGGCCGCGCUCACCGGCCUCUCGCUCACGCAGGUCAGCAACUGGUUCAAGAACCGGCGGCAGCGCGACCGGACCGGGGGCGGCGGCGGCGGCGCGCCCUGCAAGAGCGAAUCUGAUGGAAACCCCACUACUGAGGAUGAGUCGAGCCGCAGCCCCGAGGACCUGGAGUGGGGGGUGGCCCCGGUGGCUACCGACGCCCCCGCGCAGGGCUCCAUAUUCCUGGCCGGGGCCGCCCCUCCUGCCCCCUGCCCGGCCUCCUCCUCCAUCUUGGUGAACGGGAGCUUCCUGGCCGCCGGCAACUCCUCCGCGGUGCUGCUCAACGGGAGCCCCGUCAUCAUCAACAGCCUGGCCCUGAGCGAGGCCUCCAGCCUGGGCCCCCUGCUGCUCGCGGGGGGUGGGGGCGCCCCUCCGCCACAGCCCAGUCCGCAGGGGGUGAGCGAGGGCAAGACCUCCCUGGUCCUGGACCCUCAGACAGGGGAGGUUCGGCUAGAGGAGGCUCAGCCUGAGGCCCCAGAAACCAAGGGGGCCCAGGUGGCUGCCUCAGGGCCGGCUGGAGAAGAGGUGCCGGGGCCUCUGCCCCAGGUGGUGCCUGGCCCCCCACCCGCCUCCACCUUUCCUCUGCCCCCGGGACCGGUGCCUUCUGUGGCUGCUCCACAGGUGGUGCCCCUGUCCCCCCCCCCUGGGUACCCUGCCAGCCUGGGCCCUACCUCCCCGCUGUUGAACCUGCCCCAGGUGGUGCCCACCUCUCAGGUGGUGACCCUGCCCCAGGCUGUGGGGCCACUGCAGCUCUUGGCAGCUGGGCCGGGCAGCCCCGUGAAGGUGGCCGCCACGGCGGGCCCUGCCAACGUGCACCUGAUCAACUCUGGGGUGGGCGUGACCGCCCUGCAGCUGCCUUCGGCCACUGCCCCAGGGAACUUCCUCCUCGCCAACCCCGUGUCGGGCAGCCCCAUCGUGACGGGGGUGGCCGUGCAGCAGGGCAAGAUCAUCCUCACCGCCACCUUCCCCACCAGCAUGCUGGUCUCCCAGGUCCUGCCGCCCACGCCCGGCCUGGCCCUGCCUCUGAAGCCAGAGACGGCUGUCUCCGUGCCCGAAGGGGCCCUCCCGGUGGCCCCCAGCCCCGCGCUCCCCGAGGCCCAGGCCCUGGGGCCGCUGUCCGCGCAGUCUCCACCGCAGCCGCCGCCCGCCCCGGCCCCCGCCAGCCUGCCCUUCUCCCCGGACUCCGCCGGCCUCCUGCCCGCCUUCCCGGCGCCGCCCGCCGAGGGGCUCAUGCUGUCGCCCGCGGCCGUGCCCAUCUGGCCGGCGGGGCUGGAACUGAGCGCGGGCACAGAGGGGCUGCUCGAAGCGGAGAAGGGGCUGGGGACGCAGGCCCCCCACACCGUGCUGAGGCUGCCCGACCCCGACCCGGAGGGGCUGCUCCUGGGCGCCACGGCGGGGGGCGAGGUGGACGAGGGGCUGGAAGCCGAGACCAAGGUCCUGACCCAGCUCCAGUCGGUGCCGGUGGAAGAGCCCUUGGAACUGUGAGCCCGGGCCUCGGCCCGUCUGCUGACGAUGGUGCUCGCGGGGGGACAGGACGCUGCCUCGGAGCCCACGCGCCGCAGGUGCUCCGCUCCGCUCCCUCGAGGUGCUGGGGCAUCGCCCCUCUGGCCCCGAGGCCUCCUGUUACAGCCCUUCCCUCUGGCGGGUCCUGGCUCCGGGGCCUCCGCCCCCCUCAACCUGGUACUAGCUGUGAGCUGAGAUCCUGCCCCCUGGAGCCCCCUCCCUCGCCCUCCCCAAAACACUAUUAAUAGCUCCCACCCUCAGUGUUCUCAGAAGUGCCUGGAAUCCCGGGCUGGGGGGGCCCAUCCGUCGUCUGACGGACGCCUCCCGGCCGGGCCCUUCCUGCUGAAAGGGGUGCAGCGUGGGGGCCCGGGCGGCGUGCCCUGACCUCCCCCCGGACUGAAGCCCUCCCGACUGCGUCUGGCCCCAGACCAAAGAUCCCUCACCCCAGGGGGAGCCCUGGCCCACGUCUAGUUUGUACCCGAAAUCUUUAUUUUUCUAGGACUUGUGUUACGUCUCCAUUUCAAUUAAAAUGAAGUUAACUGCCAACUAGGGCCUCCGGGGGCAGGUCACCUUCCCAGCGGCCGCGCCCGCUGCCAUCCGGCGGCCGAGGUGCCUGGGGGGGCGGGUGUGGCCUGGGACUCAGGAUCCAGGUUGAGGGACCUGGGGAGCAAUCUUGACCUCUCCUGCUGGGAACCAGGCUCCACGUGCUUUAUUUUGAAAACAGUAACCUAUACGCAGAAGGGGCGCGGGAGCAGGGGAGGGUGAGAACAGCACCGGGACCAUCUGACUCCCGGCUGUGGGGAGGCAGGGCGAGGGAGCCCUUACCAACCUGCCCUCCCCGCGGCGCUCGCGGGCGAACGGGGAAGGCUUGGGGUCAG